AACCUCUGACCAUCCAUCCAUCCACCAACCAUGUCGCAAACAGCCCUCCCGGAACUCGGAUACACGCCAGGCGAUUUGACGGAGCCGCAGUUCCAGUUACCCUCGCACCAGCAGCUCCUCGACCAGAAGCUGAGGGAUAACCACGACAGUCUGCCACUGGGUCGCCUCACUUUGGACACGAGGGACACACAGCCCAUCAAGUAUCGGGAGUUUCCCGCCUUGGCAGCUGCCCAAAAUCGCUAUACGGAUCAUUUGGAGCGCGGCAGUGAGCUGAACUUCUCCGUUUUGGACAACGGCAAGGACCUAAUCUCACUGCCCACGGUUGCCACACGCAAGUUCGACCCGGAUCCCGAUCUGAUCAAGAAAAUGCCGCUGCACUCGAUCACGGAGAAGCCCAACGAGCGAUGUCCCUCGCCAGUGGUGCCGGCAUAUGCCAAUUUCGAGCUGGCCAAGCGGAUGCACCAGGACAAUCUGGACCACCAGCCGCUGCCCGAUUGUGUGGCGGAUCUGGCCUUUCGCAGGGCUCAGAUCUCGGGUGGUCAUGCCGGACUGGCCCUGGACAUAGACCCCAUUGCCACGGGCGUGGGUGUGAAGACCCACAAUGCGGGGCCGACGCACUGCACCAAGAUGAAGGUGUUCCGGCCAAAGACCGGCGGCGGCAUUGUGCCCCGAGCCCUGGGCCACGGUGAUCCAUUGCGGGGCGUGGGCUCGGCGCCUGCCAAAAAGAUGGGUCCCAUGGACCUGGCCAUUUGCUGGGACUUUAAGCCCGCCAAUCCCGGCGACGAGCCGCGCCUGGCCAGGCACAUAGAUGGCUCCAAUGACUCGGCCGGACCGGCUGUCUUCACCUGUGUAAAGACGCCGCGCGAAGAGCAAUCCUCUGAUCUGGGCCGCUCGGCGGGGGUGUUCACCAGCACCCUGGGCGAGGCGGAUUUCUUCGACAAGGACAUACUGCGGAAGAGAACGGACUUCGGAGGAGCCCGCCUGGACCGAGAGGAUCCGUGUGGGUGCGACUACUCGCCGCCGGCGAGACAGCGGGCACGCAGCGUGUCCCGGGACUCGAGUGCCUCGCAAUGUCGCCGGCGAGGAUCCGGCAUCGGAGGACCAAAUGGCGGUGUGAGCUUCGGCAAUCUGGCAGAGCUACCCGGACGCGGAAUGCCCGAUCGUCUGGCCAAGCAGUAUCAAUCGUCGCCCCUGCUCGGCGACAAGGCCUAUCAGGCACUGAGGGAAAAGUAUUUGGGUCCGGAUGCGGGACAGGACUCCUGCCAGCCCAUGGAUUGCCGGCCCACGGGUGGACCGCCUUGCAAGCGCGAUGUCCUGCUGAGGCGACCAGCUCGUCGACUCUGCCACAAGGUGGCUCCGGCUCCACGCUGCUGUCCAGCACCCGCCUUCGGAGGCCACGGACAUGGCCAUUGCCUCACCAGCAAGGCGGCCUUUCGAGCCGGAGUGCCCAAGCACAAUGCCUCCGGCGACUUUGUGGGCAUAGAGCCGGGAUGUGGUGGUGGUGGUGGUGGCGGCGGAGGGCGGGUGCUAGUGGUGCCACGCCCCCGGCAGCCAUACGCCAAAAAGAACUACGACAUUGAGACGCUCGUGCCGCCGUUCCAAAGUCAGGCCGGCGGUGCCGGACAGGGCGGCUAUCCGGAGCACUGGCGACUGGCCAGCGUCUAUCAGCACGCCUACAAGCCACUGGAUCAGCGGCGGCGACCUCUCCUCCAAACCGUAUACAAGUAGAUCAAUGCAUAGCCCAAUACCAUUUGGAAACCAUUGC